CUUAAGACCGUUCAUAACCAUUGUGGUCAGUGGUGAUCUUCGUAGUUUUGGCUUUUGUCAGUUCACAAUUGACUAAAAUCUAAAUAUUGUUUCUACGAGUUCAGUAAUAAGUUUUGCGCGCGCCUUUAUGUUUAUAAGACUAUAGUGUAUAUAUUACGUUUUAUGAUCGUUGAAACUUGAAUGUGACAUUUGCAUGGUGUAUAUUAUUGACCGACAAUGAUCCCUUUUUAAUUGUAUCGUGAACAUUAUUUAUUAAUGUAUUUUUAUUUAUUUAACUUAUCGCUAACGCAUAUUUGUUGUGUUUAAGAUUCGAAGGAAGACUUAUUUACCGAUGCAGUGUUAAUAAAUACAAUUGUUGAAAUAAAUUUACUACUACUAUGCUAUACUUAUCUAGCAACUAUACUGACUAGUACAGUAGUAUAGUCACAAUAGUGGAAUGAUAUGGACACAAAAUAUUUUGGUUUUAUAACUAUAUUGAAGAAAAAUGGUUCAAUUUCAAGCCGUUGCCCAAUUAUAUCAAAAGAAUUUAAUAUUGGGCGUAGUUCUAAUAAUGAUAUUAGAAUAUAUUUGGACAGUGUAUCAAAUAAUCAUUGUUCAAUAUUAUUUGUUGACAAUAAGGCAUAUAUACGAGAUAGAAGUAAAGCAGGAUCUACAAAAGUAAAUGGUAAAAAAAUUGGUCGAAAUAAUUUUCUUUUAAGAGAGUCUGAUGAAAUUGAUAUUUCUGAUAGAAAAUUAAUAUUUAAUUAUGCAAGUCUUUCAUCUAAGACGUCAUGGAUCAGAACAGAUUGUACUUCCUUAAGAACUCAGAUCAGCAGUCCAUUGGUUAAUAGUAAAAAACAGCAAACACCUUCUAAAACUAUUACACCGACGCCUUCAAAAAGAAGUGUGCAUCCACCUAGAACUCCUAUUGUCGAAACAAAUAAUCAUAUAUCUAAUGAGUCUUUUGAAGAAUUAAAAAAAAAACCUUGUGAUGAAGUUCUAUCUAACAAAACAAAACCAGAGCUGAUAAAAUCGUUUUCUGUUACAUCUGGUCAAAAUAUACCGGUUUUAAACAACUCUAAGACACCUCGAAAAUCAUGGAAGACAAGCAAUAUGUCUUCAAGUUCUGCACGUAUAUUAGACAUUCUGUCAUCUGAUAGAAAAAAAAGAGACGUUACUCCUGAAAUGAAUACAAGCUAUCGCUUUUUAGAUGAAGAAGUGGAAUAUGAUUCACCGAUACCGAUAUGUGAUCAAGAAGAUUUAUUUGAAGAGAGUGUGAACACCAACGUGACUGGAGUUGAUUCUAGUAAAAUGUCUGAACAAAUAUUAAAUAAUGAUAAUGAUGUUGACGGCAACAAUGUUAAUUGGCAACCUAGCAGCAGUAUUGCCGUCGAUUCAAAUUUAAAUUUGAAUUUACCAGAAUCAACACCUAGCAUUUCUAGGAGAGAAACAUAUUCUAUUGAAGAUGCACCAAAAGUAAUUGAACAAAAUAGUACUCCUGCACCAAGGCGAUCCAUAUUAAAGUGUUCAAAAACGGCCAAAACAUGUCGUUCUAGGUCAAAUAAUCGAAUGGUGCAGUUUGCUCGCUUACCCAAAACUGACAGCAAAAUUAAAAGUACAAAAUUUUAUUCUGGUAACUCCUUCACUGUUAUUGAUGACAAAUCUGCUGAUAAUGACCAUUCUCAAGUCAACCAAAAAGACAAAAGCUUUAAUAUUGAAGAUACUGAGACUGAUGAUUUAGAUGGUGUACGGCCGUUAGAUACCAGUGUGUCAUCUUUAAUGAGUUCACCAAUUCUAGAUCAGGUGACUUUAAACAAAUCAUCUUCUAAAAGAGGAUCUAGAGGUAAUAAAGUAAUGAGUCUAAUAAGUUCAUUUGAGAAACGUACUUAUGGAAGUCCUAUACAAAAUUUAAAAGCAUCAGACCUACUAAAUAUGAAUGUAUCAAGAAACGAAGAAGCUUCUUCAAAUAAAUCCCCCGAAGAUACUACUACAAGUAUAUUGCAGAAGUCGUCUACUUCAUUAAGAAGAAUUAACUUGGAAGAUAUGUUUGUUGCAGAAGAUUCUAUGAAAAAUUCUUUACAAGAUUCUGAAGAUAAAUCAAUGAUUGAAGGUAUAAACUUAAAUUCUACACAAAACACUGAAACAUUGGAUAAUACAAUUUCUAAAGAAUCGUCUGUGGGUAAACUAGAUUCUAGUAAGAUUUUAGAAAAUACGUUUGAAACUGAGACAAUAUUGGAUGAUGUUAAGAUUUCGGAUUAUAAUCAAAGCUCUGUUAAAGUAAUUGUUGACAGUCCUGAAGAAGAAUUUGCAUUUGCUUCUCCUCUAAAUAUGAAUCCUGGAAAUUAUUUGUGUGAUACAGAUGCUGCUGUCAAUUGGGUAAAUCAAAAUUCUUUCAGUGAAAAAGAAAAUAGUAUUUGUGAAAUGAUCAAUACAACAGAAAAUAAUGCAUCACAAGUGAAUGAAAUUAUUGAGAAAACACCUGUGUUCAAAAGCCAACAACUGAACCAUAAUAAUUCUAAAAUAAUUGAAACUUCAUCAGAUGAAAAUACAAACAAGAGUGCUCGAGAUAAAACCAUUGAAAAUGCAGACUUAUCAAAUAUCAUAGAAAAUAGUAUUGCUGAAAAUGAUAAAUGUAAAGAUUCUUCCAAGCUUUCCCAAAAAAAUGAUGAUACUAAUAAAACAAAUAAUGGCGUACAAGAAGAUUUUACUGAAAGCAUUGAGCAUUUGGAUAAUUUAGAAAUAGUCCAAAAUGAUCAUAACGCUUUCCAUUCUAAAACACACAUUAGUGAUAAAGCGGUUAUGUCAGAAAUGGGUAAUGUCACUUUUGAUAAACUCGAGGACACAAAUUCUAAUGAAGAUUGUUCUGCGCUAAUUGAAGAAAAUGCUGCGAAUAAGUCAGUUGAAAAAAAUUGUGAAGAACUUGACCUUAAUAAAAGUGAUGACAUUUCAAAAAAAACCACAAGUGAAUCAUCAUCAAACAACUAUGUUCUUUCACCCAUGGAAAAUUUAAAUGAAAAACUUAUUGAUUCUAUUGAAAGCCAACUUAAUAUUAUACACAAUGGCAUUGACACAUCAAAUUCUGAUAAAGAAAACUCUCUUGGUAAUAUUUCUAACAAAGUUACACUUAAUAUUAAUGAACAGCCAACUACUAGAGAGGAUAUUGAUCACAAUAAGACACAAAAUGCUUCUGAAGUUGUAAUAAUAGAUGUUAACACUGUUGAUAAAAGCGUUAAAAAUGAUGAUUCUAAAGUCUAUCUAAUAUGUAAUGAAGCCAGUACUGUUACUACAGUAGACAAUGAUGUAUAUCACACUGAAAAUGUUCAAGAUAUAAGUGAAAAAACUUCUAACAUCUGUAUAAAAGCAGCAUCUCCAAUUAAUCUUACAGAUACAGUUGGUAAUGUAGAACCUUCAAUUCAUUUUGUGGAGUCAGUUAGUAACAUAGAACCUAAUAUAAAACAGACUCUCCAGGCACAAAUGUCUACAUCUAAAAAAAGCACAAAACAUAUUUUGGAAAAUGAUAUAGGAAAUUGUAAUCUAAAUAAUCUUGUAGAACUAACAAAAACAUUUAACGAGAGUGAUGAAGAAUUGGAAGAAGAUAUUGAAAAUUUGAAUACUACAGACAAACAUUUUGAACAAACUUUAAAUACUUCUAUUGGUAAACCUCAGUAUGAAUCUACUCCUUGGAACUGGUCUAAAAAUUCAAAACUUCCAUUUAAUUCAACUACAGACAUAGAAGAGUCUAAAAAUACUAUUCAAGAUGAUGUUUCUGAAGAUAAUAGUAAACAAAAGAAAAAGGGUAUUUCCAUGCCACUCUUUGAUCCUGAUUUAUGGUCACAAAGAAUGAAGGAUUUCAAUGAAUCUGUUAAAAAAGCUUCAGUUUCAGAAACGAGUAAUAUUAAUGCUAAACCCAGUAGUAAAGUAUUGUUUAGUGAAAGCAAUCAAAACAUCUCAAAAGAACUACCUGAACAUGAAUCUUCUGUGCCAAAAAGUGUAAAGGGAAGACUUUCAAAAACAAAUAGUGUUAUACAAUGUCCAACUAUCACAACUUGUUCCCCUAACAGUACAACAAUAGCCUUUGAUCAGGUCUUGAUAGGAAAUAAACGCACAACUAGAUCUCACAAUAAAUCACCUGAAAAAACAUCAACUGAAUUAGAAAAUAAGGUUAUACAGUCAAUGUCGACAAAAAAUAAAUCUGUUAAAGCUAAAAGUCCCCAAAUUAAUACUAAGAGCGAGGAUGAAUCAGUAGACAACAAUACCUUAAGUUUAAGAAGUUCUCGUAAGUCUAAAUCCAUAGUUAAUGAAACUUCUUCUGAUACGCAUAUCAAUGAAAAAAAGCUGACAGUGUCUAUGAAUGCUACACAUUUAGCUGAACAACAUAGCAGUGAAGUAGAUAAUGAAAGCUCAAUAAUGAAUAAAGAACAAAAUUCGUUCAAAAACAUCUGUGAAUCAAAAUCUCCAUCUAAAGUUAUGAAUCGACCAAUGAAAAACAAAAUAAUUAUUUUAGAAAGUACAACUGAUACAGACUCUGAGACCACUAAAUCAGAUUCUGAAAUGGAUUUAACUGAUUCAAAAAUUGAUUCUAGCUCAUCUCAAGUAUCGAAUAGGAAUAAAAGUAAUAAUAGUAUAUUUCAAACUUUUAGUCCAGUAGUAACUAAAACAAGAAGAAAUUUGCGCACAAGAGCAAAUAGAAAUGAGACUAGAAUGUCUGUUCAAAAGCAAAAAGUAAAUAAGAUAGAUUCUGGAGGAACAUCUGUUGGAACUUCAGCAGACAGUGACUCUGAUCAAAACCACUCAAGAAAUGCACAAAAGAUCUCUGGACAAAAAUUACAGGAGAAAAAACCACAAUCAUUAAAAACUAUGGAGAAAAUAACUGUAGAAAAUGAAAUUAUUAUUGACUUGACUAAUGAUGAUGUUGGCAAAGAAAUACCAUUCAACAAUGACAUUCAUACUUCUAAUAAAGAUAUAAAAAAUAACUCUAAAGCUGGUAAAGACAAAUCUCAAAAACAUGAAAAAACCAAAACAACACAAAAUGUUAAAACUAGUGCUGUCCAACCUAGAGCCCGCAUUACACGCAGUAAUACUACAUUAACUGAAACUAAUUUGCCAAUAAUAAAUAAAAAUAAAACUCCUAGUCCAAUUAAAUAUAAAAAUACCAAAGGUGUGAAAAAAAUUCAAAUUAAGAAAUCUUCUGUAGUAAAGGCCAAUAAAAAGCAGCAGCUAGCUAAACGUAUUCAACCCCCAAAGCAAAUUAGUAAUAAUAAAUUAAGUGAAACUUCAGAGUAUGAGACAACGAGUGAAAUUGACGAAAGCAUCCAAAAACUUUCACCAUCUCCAACAGUGACCAAAAUACAAAAAAAAACUACUCUUGUUAUAGCACCAUCCAAAAAGUUAAAGGAAAAAAUUACUGAAACUUCUGCUACAGUGACUCAAUCGGGUAAAGGAAGUCGAAAACGUGCUGCGGACACAUCUGCAAUUUCACAGCCUAAAGCUAAAGGUCGCAAACGGGAUCAUACGUCCAAAGUAGCUAACACUACAAUGAAUUGUGAAUUGAUAUCUACAAAAGAAAAAUCCUCACCUACCACUAUUAAGAGAACACGUAACACAUCCAAAACAAAAAUUAUUCCAGGUUCUGACAUUUCUUUGCAAAUAACAAAUGAAGUUAAGAAAGAAAAGACGAAGUCUGCAGUUACUCGUAAAUCAAUUUCCCCAAAAGAACUUACUACCAAGAGAACACGUAACACAUCUAAAACAAAAGUUCUGGCUUCCAACAUUUCUUUGCCAACAACAAAUGAAAUUAAGAAAGAUAAAUUGAAAUCUGCAGUUACCUUCGAGUCAACGUCUUUAAAAGAAAAUACCUCACCUACAACUAGCAAGAGAACACGUAAUACAUCUAAAACAAAAGUUCUGGCAUCCGACAUUUCUUUGUUAACAACAAAUGAAAUAAAAAAAGAUAAGCCAAAAUCUGCAGUAACUCUUGAAUCAACACCUCCAAAAGAAAAUACCUCACCUACAACUAGCAAGAGAACACGUAAUACAUCUAAAACAAAAGUUCUGGCAUCCGACAUUUCUUUGUUAACAACAAAUGAAAUAAAAAAAGAUAAGCCAAAAUCUGCAGUUACUCUUGAAUCAACACCUCCAAAAGAAAAUACCUCACCUACAACUAGCAAGAGAACACGUAACACAUCCAAAACUACUGUUGUUUUAGUAUCUGAUACUUCUUUGCCAAUAACAAAUGAAGUUAAGAAAGAUAAACCAAAGUCUACUGAAAGAGCCAGAGCUAAAAAGCGAGAAUUAAAUCCACAUGAUUCUUCUGUUGACUCAGCUCCUAUUGCCAAAAAAAUAACUAGAAAAGCAUUAGCAGAUAACAAGGAACUGGAAGUUAAAAAAAAUAAUGCAUCUUUAAGCUCAACUAAAUCAACCAAAGCUCAAAGUACUGAUACUGACGAUACUGAACCUAAUAUAAGUACUAGAGUGAGAUUUAACAAGAAUGUAGAUACAAAGUCAAUAUCACCCAGACCAAAGAAAACAACUCGAAACACUAAAUUAAUAGAAACAGAUUCAGAAACUAUACCCAGUCGAGUGCUUAGAGUUAGAGAAAAACGAAAAUAAUUCUAGAAAUGAUGCCUUUUUUUAUUGAAUUUUUUUAAAUCAGAUUUUUUAUAGUUUUAUUGUUUAAGAAAAUUAAAUUUGUUUUUUUUCUCUAAUUAUUUAAUAUUUAUAAUUGCUACAUAUAUUGAAAAUGAUGUUUUGUUACAUUUUUGUUUUUUGUUUUAAAUAUUGAAUAUAUACACAUUAAUAUAUGUACGAAUAAA